AUGGCCACCCACCGCAUCGUCAUUCGGUUGGACGCGUCUCCAUUACGUGGUCGCCUCGCAUGCUGUCACUCUGCUCAGCGCACCUACAUCACUUGGCCGCCCAACACGUCGUCACUCGGCUGGACGCGUGUACAUCACGUGGCCGCCCUGCACGUCACGACUCUGCUGAGCGUGCCUACAUCACUUGGCAACCCAACACGUCAUCACUUCACUGACCAGCUUCGGCUGCUUCUGCGAACCCGUUUCCUCCCCCCCUUCCCUUCCACCACGCCAGCGGCAGUGCCAGUGCCAGUGCCAGUGCCGGUGGAUCCUCGCUCCGCCUCCGCUGCAGAGGUGACAGUGGGAUAUAAUGUGCGGCCCGGCGGUAGAAUUCUGCGCGACCUUGUAUUCCUGAGUUCUCUCAUCUCGGUUGGGUUCACUGGUUCCUUCUGCGCAACCUUGAAUUCGCCACCAGCCGCUUCUCAAAGGAGAAUGUGCUUGGAGAGGGUGGUUACGGAGUUGUGUAACGGCGCCGGUGUUGGCACCACGCCGCCCUUGAUGCUCCUGGAGCACUGCUCCGACGAGCGCGGCCUCUGCCUCAUCCACCUCCUGCUCAACUGCGCCGCCGCCGCGGCCUCCGGCCGGCUCGACGCCGCGCUCGAGCACAUCGCACUUCCGCGGGCUGCAUAA